AGCCCUAGUUUUUCCUGAAAUUUCGAUUUGACUCUCAGCAGUCCACGUUACGCUCUCUUCUACCCUCACCUCGCCGCCUAUAAGUAACCCAAGCACGCCCCCACUGAUCUCUCUCUCUCUCUCUCUCUCUCUCUCUCUGUGUGUGUGGGUUUUAGGGUUUGAAACCCUUUGAUCCGGAAGGAAUGGCUCAAUUACUUUUCAAGUGAGCUCGAGAUUCUAUCGCGAUAAUACCCUAGAAUUCACUGGUAAGCUACUAAGCUUGUACUGUUUUUCUGAUUUUUCUCUUUCACUCCAUUCAAUUACAUCAUUCGCGGUAGUAAAAUGCAACAGUCUAGGGUUCGAAAGCGCUCUGUUCCUUAUUUUCUUUGAAAAGCACGUGAAGUGAUGUGGAAAUAAUGCAACAUUCUAGGGUUUCGCUGGAACUUCGCUUCUUGUUAAGUGGUAUGAAGUGUUGAAUAUCUAGGGUUUCUUCGGGAUUUUUGGUUCGUGUGGAGUGUUGAAUAUCUAGAGUUUCUUUGGGAUUUCGCUUCCUGGGAAGUGAUAUGAAGUGUUGAAUAUCCUGGGUUUCGUUGGAAUAUUGUUUCAUGAAAUCAUUGAAUACGUAGGGGUUCUUUGGGAUUUUUGCUUCGUGUGAAGUGAGAUAAAGUUUUGAAUAUCUAGGGUUUCUUUGGGAUUUCGCUCCAUGUGAAGUGAUAUGAAGUGUUGAAUAUCUAGGGUUUCAUUGGGAUUUUGCUCCGUGUGAAGUGAUAUGAAGUGUUGAAUAUGAGCGAUGGAGGUGGGGAGAGUGGAAGAGACAAUAAUGAGCGGAGCAAAACGAAGAAUCGUAGUGACGAUUUUGCCCGAGCUAUUGCCAAGAUUGCGGUAGCGCAAGUGUGCGAAAGUGUAGGGUUCCAGAUCUUCCAGCAGUCUGCCCUUAACACGCUGUCCGAUGUGGCGGUUAGGUACAUUCGGGAAAUAGGAAAGACGGCAAAUAACUACUCGAAUUUGGCCGGUAGAGCGGAGAGUAACGUGUUUGAUAUAAUUCAGGGGUUGGAAGAUUUGGGAUCAUGGCAGGGGUUUUCGGGUGCUUCGGAUAUUGAUCGUUGUCUUGCUGGUUCAGGUGUAGUUCAGGAGAUCAUUCAGUACGUGGGUGAAUCGGAGGAAAUUCCAUUUGCAUAUUCAAUUCCUGAGUUUCCGGUUGUUAAGGACCGAAACCCCAACCCUAGUUUUGGACAAGUUGGAGAAACAUUACCGGAUGACCAUAUUCCCCUGUGGUUGCCUGUGUUUCCUGAUCCCCAGGCUUUUUUGAACUCGCCCUCACGUAAUGACAGAGAACUAGACACACAGAUGGUUGAAAUUAAGCAUGGUAAAGAGCAGAGAAAUGUGGAACGGUCCUUGUUGAAUUUGCAGCAGCACUUGGCUUGUAAUGGGUCUGAUGUACCAACCGCUUUUGACCCCUCUGAUGCUGCAAAGGCUAAACAAGCAGCUGAAAGUAACCAAUUUCUUGCGGCCCCUUUGAGAUUUGGAGAGAAGGAAGUGUCUUCUAUGGAGCUUCCGCCUCAAGUCUUGAAUGAAACUGCAGCAAGAAGUGACGAGCUUGUGCAAAAUCAUGUUUCCAGGUUGGAGACAUUUACCCCGGCUAUUGAAGCAAUGGAGAGCACACUAUGCAAUUCUGAAGGCGGGUGGGUAGAGGUUCAGACUGAAGAGGGGAGGGAAGAGGUUCCUCUGAACACACGGGCAACCGUACAGUUUAAGUUUGGGACUCGGAAGAAGUCCUUAGGUCCAUCAAUCAACUCCUGGUUCGGUGACAAUAAUGAAAAGAGUGACAAGAAAAGGAGGGCCGAGCAAGUUCUGAAAGAAUCUACAGAAGACACGAAAGAAUUGGCUCAGUUGUAAAUUAGGUUUGUCUUGUUAGAAUUUGUAUACUUGUUUAGGAAACUGGUAGCAGAUACUGGUUCCGGGGUAGUCAGAGUCAAGAGGCAUAUAGUUGUCUGUAUAUGUACGUUACAGACUGCUAGAAUUUAACAAGUUCAGAGGUAUGUCUUUUGUUAUUUAACUUUGCCAUUGAUAAUUCUUUCUAAUUGAAAUUCUUGUUGUUACUUUACAAUCAAUUAUUGGAUAGUUUGUUAUUAUACGGCAUUCAU